UUCAGUAUAAUGUUUGGGUUUUUGCGGUAAGCGAGCGGAGGAAGAUUCCGUUCCGCGAGGAAGCAGCAGCGGAGCGAAACCGGAAUCUCCGCCCAGUUCACGCAGUCAGUCCGUGAUGAGCCUGUGCGCGCGCGGGCCGGAACUCAGCACCGGAGAGUUGGACAGUGUGUGGGCGCGCGCGGGAGGUGCUCAGUUAGCUUGUGGCUAAUUUACUUCCUUUUUUGUAGCGUUUCCGCUCGCGCUGCGGGUUUCUCACAGGAACUAUUAAAGAGUGACGAAAUAUCUCCAAACUUUUUUAAAUGAUUAAUAAUUAAGUUGUGGUGAUGAUUAAAUGUUAAAUGGAAUUCUUUAGCAGUUUUAUUCGGUUGGGGACUCCAAACCGGACAUUUAAAACUGAAGUUUGUCUGUGACGUCACGCGCGCCCCCUUCGUAGCCAAUCGUCAUUUUCUCGUAACUGUUGUCCACGUGCGCCUCGUCCUCAGCCAAUCAGCUUGCAGAGAGCCGCGAGCCAAACUUACCGCCGGAGAGUAAAAGGGUCAGAGGGGCGCGCGCGCAGGAGAAAGAGAGAGCGCGCGGGUAUUUCACGGUUUAUUCGGUGGUGAUGCCGCCUCUGAUCGGGUCUCGGCUCUGAUCGGGUCUCGGCUCUGAUCGGGUCCCCGCCUCUGAUCGGGUCUCGGCUCUGAUCGGGUCUCGGCUCUGAUCGGGUCCCCGCCUCUGAUCGGGUCUCGGCUCUGAUCGGGUCUCGGCUCUGAUCGGGUCCCCGCCUCUGAUCGGGUCCCCGCCUCUGAUCGGGUCCCCGCCUCUGAUCGGGUCUCGGCUCUGAUCGGGUCCCCGGUUUUGUGAGAGAGAGCGCGCGCGCGCGCCUGUGUGUGUCAUGGGAACGCUGAGGAACGGCUGGACGAAGAGGAAACGCUUCAUCCUGUCUGUGGAUGUGGGAACGACCUCUGUGAGGUGCCAUGUUUAUGAUAAACACACCAACAUCCGGGGAUCCUGCAGCCGGAAGGUGGGUCUGCUGUACCCAGAGCGUGGCUGGGUGGAGAUGGACCCGGAGGAGCUGUGGCAGAGCUUCGUCACUGUGGUGAAGGGAGCAGUGCACGAUUCAGGUUUACAGAUGAGUCAGAUGGAAGCAUUGGGUAUCUCAACUCAGAGAGCCACCUUCACCACCUGGCACAGGAAGACUGGGAAACCAUUUCAUAACUUCAUUGGCUGGCAGGACCUGCGAGCGUCUGAGAUGGUCAAGUCCUGGAACGACUCGUGCACCAUGAAGGCAGUGCAUGGUGUGAUGAAGAUGCUGCACUUCCUCAGUAGACAGAAACGUUUCCUGGCGGCAAGUUUGGUGGUCUUCACACCACAGCACGUCUCCAUGCGUCUGGCCUGGGCUUUACAACACAUCCCUCAGUUGAAGCAGGCUGUUGAUGAAGGAGCUUGUUGUUUUGGGACCAUUGACACAUGGCUGCUUUAUAAACUUACUAAAGGUUUGGUCCAUGCGACAGAUUAUUCCAAUGCCAGCACAACCGCCAUCUUCGAUUCCUAUCAGAUGUGUUGGAGCAGGUUUCUGUGUUCUCUCCUCUCUCUACCUCUCUCCAUUCUCCCCACAGUGCACAACACCAGUCACCAUUUUGGUUCCUCUGAUCCUGAUAUCUUUGGAGUUUCUAUUCCAAUCACGUCAGUUAUCGCGGAUCAGCAGGCAGCCAUGUUUGGUGAGUGCUGCUUUGAUGCUGGUGAUGUGAAGAUUACCAUGGGAACAGGAACCUUUAUGGACAUCAACACGGGGAACAAACCACACACAUCUCUCUCAGGCCUGUAUCCCGUGGUGGGCUGGAAGAUCGGCUCUGACGUUGUGUAUCUUGCUGAAGGAAACGCUGCAGAUACAGGAACCUCCAUCAGAUGGGCUCAGGAGAUCGAAUUGUUUACAGAUGUAAAGGAAACCUCAGCCAUGGCCAGCAGUGUGAGUGACUCAGAUGGAGUGUAUUUCGUUCCUUCGUUCAGCGGCCUGCAGGCACCAUUAAAUGACCCUAAAGCGUGUGCAGCAUUCAUGGGUCUGAAACGAUCCACCACAAAGAGUCACCUGGUCCGCGCCAUUUUAGAGUCCGUUGCUUUCCGUGAUUGUACAGGAUCCCUCAGGAGUCUUUACUUGAAAAAUUGCAAGCAAAGGAAUAAGCAGCUGUUUGAUGUGAUGAGUCGGGAAACUCGAAUCCCCAUCACUAAAAUCAGGGCAGACGGCGGGGUGUCCAUGAACGACUUCAUCAUGCAGCUAAGCGCAGACCUCCUGGGUUGUAAAAUUUCACGGCCCACGCAUUUUGACAUGUCGUGUCUCGGGGCGGCGUUCAUGGCCGGGUUAGGAGUCAGAUACUGGAAGAGUAAAGAGGAGCUGAAGAAACUGCAGAUGACGGAGCGUCUCUUCAUUCCUCAGAGCGUUAAAGGAGCUGCAGGAGGAGGUGGAGGUGGUGAUGUGUGUGAAGCAGACCUGCAGAGCUGGGAGCAGGCUGUGCAGCGCUCCAUGCACUGGUACAGCCACACGUCAUAAUAUACACACGCAAGCACACUCAGUGCCAGACGGUCAGAGUUCAGUCGUGUUUUUCACUCUGAAACACUCACUUGGAUGUGUUUUUAAAACCUGCCUCGAUGAUGGACCAUAUAUUACUCUGACGUGCCUUAAAUGUAACACACCUCUGACUUCAGCCGUUUUAGACUUUAGUUCAUUUUCUGUCUUUACGGAGCGUCGUUCAGCCGUGUUUUACUCUGAUGCGCAUUAAUUUCACUCUUAAUAAUGGUGAACAACAACCAGAAAUUCAUGAAUAAAAAUAGAUUUAAGGAAAAACAAAAUGCAAGUGAGUUUAAAAGAUGAGAAACAGACUGUAGUUCGAUAAUUUAAAUUGAGCAGCAUGUGGAGAACAUCACCAAGGUCUCUCUUUGAGCUCAUCAUCAAUCAGAAGGUGAUAAAGAUUUUAGAUUUUUUUUUUUUUUGGUAUUGCCCUGAAAACUGUACUUAUUAGCAACAAAAUUAUACAGACCUGAUGUAUUUAAUGAAGAGGAAGGAAUAAAAAUGCUCAAAAAAUUAUAAAAGAACUCCCACUGGGCUUCACGUAUCAAUGCUUUAGUAAAGUUGUGUAAAUGUUUGUGAUGCAAACUGACAUUUGCAAAAGCUUCAGAAAUGUGGUGUGUGUGUGUGUGUGUGUGUGUGUGUGGUGACACUUAUAAAAUUAUAAAAUCCAACAUGUAUUCCUGACAUUUGCAUGUCUUGACGCCCACAAAACUCCUUAAAUGGUAAAGUGCGCCGUCAGCUGGGAGCACGACAUAAGCGAUCAGCAUAAAGGCUGAAAAACAGAAGUGGAAGUUAUUUUGACUCACUUCUGUGCCAAUUUUUUUCUUCGUUUGUCCUUCCCGCACCAUAUGGCGCGUAAAGCGGUGCCAACCCCCGUUUCUGUAGCCCUCGGCCUCUCGCCUAUUACACAGCUAGGGUUACAGUGGAGGGCGAGUCCUCUGGUAACCGCAAGUGUUUGUGCCAAUGAAGAUAUUUCAUAAUAUAUAAUAAACAAGCGCUAAAUCCUUCGUCAGAUGAGGUGUUUGUUUACGGCUUGUUUUCUUUCAUCAUAAUUGAAGGAUUAGUUUUAUUCCUCUUAAUUUAUGGGUGUGUCUCACUUUUUUAUAUAUUUUUUAAUAUUCUUUAAUUAAAGACUAAAACAAAACGACGGGUUUUCAGUUCACUCCUGAUGUAGUGAACUAAUGUGAGGAUGUGUUUAUGAUCGAAACUCUAAAGGUCUUCUAGAAGUCUCUCUCUGGAUCUGGGUGUCAGCUAAACGCUGUAAACGUAAUAAAGAUUAAACAGAUUGAACUCCACAGAAUGUUCCAGAUAUAAAAUUUCACUAAUCUAUACAGAUUAUAUGAUUUUGAAGUCGAUCGAGUUGAGGUUUACAUUAGUCAUUCUUCUUGUGUAUAAAUUUACACUCAGGAGCAGGUUACAAACGAUUUUUCUGAAAUUAUAGGAUUUUCAUGAAAAUUAAAUUUCUUGUGUAAACACUCAUACGAACUGUUUAAAAAAAAAAAUCUGAUCAGAUCCGACUCGAUAAAUGACACCCAAUAAAGUAAUUCAUUAAAGUUUGUUGGAAUUUAAUUACUUUAAAGUUUGUUGUUUGUUUCGACAUGUAAUGAGCGUCAUAGUGAUUGAUCACCUCUCUGUUCUCUGUUUUGGGGUUUGAUGCGGUUUAGAAAGAUGAUUAAUCACCACAUGGCAAGAUAAUAAAAUAAUAAUUGGGGAUUUCCCCCAUUAUAAACUCUUUUAAUGAGUGAAAAUUAUAUACCGUACUGUGCAUAAGUAUUAGCACCCUUUUUCCAUAAAACUUUGUUAUAGAUUUUUAUUUUAUGAUGUCUACAUUAUCAAGUCACAGCGUUUACAAAAACAUUUUCGAGUCCAAACGUUUGUUUUCCUGCAAAAAAUUAAAUGCUACCAAAGAAAAAAGUUUGUAUCUGAGCAGCAUAUUCCAUGAGAGAGCACUUUUCAGAUGAAAGUAGAAAAGCACUCGGAGAGCGCAGACCUCCGCCAAGAAUCCUUUAAAAAAAAUCCAGGAUCCAGAUGGUGAUCCGGAUCACCGCCAAAAUUUAAUGGACUGUUACUUGUGCCCAGUCUCACACCUGGAAAAAAUUUCAGAGCAUUACUUUUUCCGUAAUGUUGCUAACAGACAAAUCAACAAACAAACCAAUGCUACCAAAAACAUAACCUCCUUGGCAGAGGUAAAAAGAAAACAUAAUGAAGGCUACUGGGUUUUGGUGAGCCCUGCAAUGAUCUGGCGACUUGUCCAGGGUGAACCCCGCCUCUCGCCCGUAGUCAGCUGGGAUGGGCUCCAGCUCGCCUGCGACCCUGUAGGACAGGAUAAAGCGGCUGCAGAUGAAGGCUGCUGGGUUUUGGUGUAAAAUGAAGAAGUGAGUGUGACAGUCAAAGUGUCCAGAAGAACUGUGGCUGGUUCUGUAAGAUGCUCAGGAAAACCUACAGAUCAUUUCCACAUAAAACUGACCUCACUGGACCUCAGACUGGUAUAAUUUUUUUUAAAGCAAAGCGUCGUCUCACACCAAAUACUGACUUUUUCAUUUAUUAUGGCUCACUGAUUACUGUUUAUAGUAUUUUUUAUUUUUUAAUGUUGAAGCAUUAUUUUAAGCCAUUUUUGGUCUCCAGCAUUUCUUUACAUGCGCCUCAGGCUUUUGCACAGAACUGUAUAAAAUCUGAUUGUGAUAAGGCACAAUAUGAUCAUCAGUGUUUUGACACUAAACUCUCAUUAUUCAAACUUAAAUCCCACUUUGUGAAUCUUUUUCUUGUACAAGUGAUCUAUAUUUUUAAAAUAAAAAUAUUCAGUCUGAAAUAAACACCUUUUAUGGAUGAAAACACUCAUCACCAGGAAUUAAAGACCCACUGACAGUCAUUUCGUAUUAAUUUUUAAACAAACAAUAUAUGACUCCAAAGAUAAAUUCUGGUUUUAAUUCUUGGUUUAACUGUCCGUUUUAAACAUCAGAAGUAAUUUUAAAUUUCGCGCCGGGAGAUUGACCUGGAUAUGAACUGGGCUCAUUCAGAGAUGCCGGAAGUGACGUCACAUCAGUGUGUCGUUUUUGUUUACAAGUCACUAUGUUGGUUCAGUUCUCACAAGUCUUGUGAUAUUGAGCUGUGAUUUUGUUGUGAUUUCCUUGCGUGAAAAAGUUAAAUGGCGUCUAACUGAAAAGGGAUUAUAUGUGUGGCUUACGGGUGUUCUAACACCAUGUCGGAAGGAGUGAAACUCCAUUCCUUUCCUUGGAAAAAACACCCUGAAAUAGCAAAAGAGUGGGAAAGAAACGUUUCCAAAACACGUGCGAACUGGAAGUCAACAAAAUGGUCACGUCUCUGUUCAGCACAUUUCGAGGAGCACUGUUUCACUUUGUCGUCCAGAACUCGAAGAACGUUUGAUCCAACUUAUCCACUGGUGUUGGAGGAGUCAGCUGUGCCGACGUUGUUUGACAGGCCCGGGCCGAAUCAAUCUGUCAAAAGAGAAACAGAUGACAGCAGACCCCCCGAAGGGACGGUCAAAAAGCGAAAGUCCGGUGGUGCCUUUGCCAAAAGAGAACGAGCCAGGGUACGUGGCUAUGUGUUGUUAUUCAAUACAUGUAUGUUGUUUAAAAUUUGUUGUAACGUCACAAAUGCGUCUUAUACCAUUGCAUAUUACUUAUCAAUAGGCCAAAGCAGCUAAUACCAGUAAUGUACAACAACUGAAAGGCCAAUACCUUGUUUCAUAUAUUUAGUUAGGAUAAUAUACAUGAUAUAUGUGUGGAGUGAUAGAUAUAAGAUGUCAUCCGGCAUGUUUUGAAAGUUUGUGAACCCUUUAGAGUUUUUGAUAUUUCUGCAUAAAUAUGACCUAAACUUCUGGUAGCUACUGUAUCUAACAUGAUCUAACAGGAGCUUAGACAUGAUGUUUUUUGGAGUGGGACCAAUAGUGUGCCGUGACCAGGACCAUAUGUUUAAGGCAUUAUGCUGUUUAAACAGAAUCUUUAAUAGACGUGAGGGCAGACAAUCUCGAUAGCUUCCCUGCUUCAUGUUUUGUUUUCAUGCAAUCCAGAACGACAUACACUGAUGUGACGUCACUCGCCCUAGCGGCAAAAACGGGCAAAUGGCUCAUGGCGCUUGUAGAAGCCGGGGCAAAAAACACAAAAUCGGCUCUGAAAUUCUUGAUUUUCUACAAAGACGACCCUUUAUUCAAGUUGAGUUUUGGAUAUUUUAUUUCACAAUACAGCAAUAAAACAAUAAAUACACACAUUACGUGGUGUAAAAAGUUGUGUCAGUGGGUCUUUAAUAUUUGAGCCUUUUUGUUAAUUUUGAGUAUUAAAACACUGUUAGCUUUAAGCCGUGUUGUUUUCAAGAGUAAACUGAUUUGGUAUAAUGUAGCAAACUACAAACCCAAGCAGACGCUGCCUUUAAAGUUGUAUGCUGGCGUGGAGGAAUGAAAUAAGCCCUGCCCACUUACACACUUGCAUCCAAAGGUCAAUCUCCAGAUCAAGGCAGGAAAGAUCAAAAUAAGGUGUAAUAUAGGUUAAGGUCAUAGUGUAGGUGGGUUUGGGUUUUUUUGCCUUUUCAUGAAAUUUGCCUGUGUUUGGAAACGGAUUUGCUGAGAUCAACGAGCAGAAUGAUGUCAUUGUGUUCUACAGAACCGAAUCAUAUUUGGUUUUUAUUCACACUUCAUUGCUGAGUUUUGUUUUGUUUUGUCGGACAGUCAUGUGCAUCUCACGUUUUUAUCCCCGCGUCCUUUAAAUGUACAGGGUCACACUCGCUAUAUUCAUCUUUAACAAACUCUGCGACCCCUGCGUGACCUUUCAGUGUGAAGUCUCUUGAACUAAGAAGACAAAAACAAGCAAUUGGUUAAGCGUGCUCAGCUUGAGGAGGGGGAAAAAAACCCCUGAGAUUUAAAAAAAAAAAUAGUCAUUUUUGAACACACUUUUGAAUUGGCCUCAAAUUACUGUCAAGUUAUUUUUCUAGAAUUUUCUUUCUUUUUUCCUCCUUGUAUGGUUUAGUUCUGUUUAAUACAGAGACGUGAUGAGAACUGGACUGGAUAAGAAUCCCGUUUUGUGCAAUCAGAUGUGAAGAACUGAUGAAGGUUUCAGAGACACUGAAGUCUGAUUCUGUCCAAUCAAAAAAAAAAAGGUUCAUUGCUCAUGAACCUGCAUCACAGUGACCGUUAAAAAAAAAGUGUGCUUUUGAUUCAGCAACGUAAACAUGUCGUGUAUUUCUGAAAUGAUGAGCUGUCAGACCUGUGAGGGGUUUAAAAUACAAUUUAUUAUAAAUAGUGUUGUAGUGUGUGUGUGUGUGUGUGUGUGUUACGUCUGAGCGAAACGAACAGAACAGUGCAGUGUUGAGUUACAGUCAGAGGUGUGAGAGAGGAGCUGGAGUACUGAUUAGUAAUAACAGGGUGUGUGUGGGAGAGAAUAUUUUUAAAGAGCCUCAUGAUUCUAAUGUGAACAAAUGUGUAAUCAUCAGUCUGUAAACAUUUAACUCUUUAUGUACACUUUGAGAGGAAAACUGUCAUUCUACACAAAAACUUGUAAGUUACAGCUGAACACUCGUGAGUUCUGCAUUUUAAUCGAGUAGAAGAUGGAAUUUACUGGAAUUUGUAGCAGAAGAGUGAAGGGUGAAAGCUGGUCUCUGCCUAAAUGACCCUGUACAUGGUGAUGGUGAAUUAAAGACCUCUUUAUUCUGGAAAUGUUCUGUUUCUGAUCUUUAUCUAACCUUCACAUGACUGUAAUGUGAUUAUUGUCCUCAAACAAUUAAAAUUAUCUUUAUUAAA